AUGCAGAAUGAAGACCCGCUGUUGGAGUGUAUUGAGGAGGCAGAUAUUGGGUUUGAAAUGCAACUCUUGAAGGAUUUGUCGCCAAAUGAAGACCUUUGGAAUCAAUACAUCAAUCACAAACGAGAACAAGUGAUUGAGAACGCAAAGGAUGUGAAGACAAAACAGUCGUUGUUGGCCUUACUUUACAGACGAAGUAGAGUAUGGCCGGAGAGCUACGAGCAUUGGACACAAUUCAUUGACUACUAUAUCAAAACGGUCCAGAUAAAUGCUCCGCGAGACAUGGCGGAGGUCAACAAGAUCGUGCAGUGCUUCGAACUGGCAUCGAAGACUUUCCAAAAGAAAACAGUUUUCUGGCUCAAGUAUCUAGGAUUCCUUAUCAAUUCAGUGAAGGUGGUAGAUAUCGGGUUUAUAUUGGAGAUGUUCAGCGUGUCGCUGUUGAAGUUGAAACCAAACGAACAUCUUCCAUUAUGGACAUUACUUUUCUCCGAACUGCUAGAUAAGGUGAAGUUACCCCAAAAUAUGAAAUUUGACAUAUUUUUUAGCUUUUUCAUCUAUUUGAAAAACAGCGAUAAGUUUGGCAUAAGCACUGGAGAAGAACAUGAAAAUGAAACCCCCAGUUACGACCAAAUAUUCAGUGUUUUGCUAAGCACCUUAUCUAGCUGGCAGCAAGUGACAAAAUUUCAGAAGUUUUUCAACGAGAUGAUCAAACCAGAAACGUUGUUGAAGCUUUCUGAUUCCGUACUAGAAUUGUACAGGCGAUAUUUGGAAAAACUUAUCAAGCUAUCAACUGAAAACGAAUUCCCUGAAAAGGUGAAACUGGAAACCAAAAUAAGCUCAAUGUUCCAAGAGAUAGUGAAAAAAUUUCCAGAUCAGCAAAGUGUAUUCACUAUAAAAUUUGCAAAGUAUCUCAUGAUGAAGGGAGAGUUUGAUGCUGCUAUGCAAACGUUAGAAGCACGUCUGAACUCAUCUCUAACUAUCAAAGAUUUCUCAGUGAUAUAUGAUUCAUUGACUGAAAUUUUGGAAGAAAAGGUUUCUGAGCUUUCCGAAAAAAGUCAAGACGAAACGGUUUUGAGUGUGUUCCUCAAUAAACUAGAAUUUUUACUAUCCAAUCGACUGCUGUUACUGAAUGACGUCAAACUACGUCAGAAUAUCAACAGCCCCUCCACGUGGCUAGAAAGGAUUCAUCUUUUCGAGGAAGAAGGCGAAGAAUCAUCUGACAAAUUAUUUAAAUGUUAUUCCAAAGCCGUGUUGAGCAUCGACCCAAAGAAGAUACCUAAAGACGAGAAAAUACAAUUCCCUCAGCUCUGGUGUGACUACGCCAAAGUCUACCUGGCUGCUGGCGAAAUCCAAACAGCAAGGACCCUUUUCGAAACGGCAACUAAGGUUCCAUGGACAGAAAUGGAGCAGCUAGAGUAUGUUUGGAUUGAAUGGAUCAAAUCAGAAAUAGGACUGAAAAAUCUUGAGCAUGCGGAGUUUGUUUGCUCCAAAGCUGUCAGCAUUCCAGAACAGAUUUCCAGCGGUAAGAUAGAUAUUGAUGAUGAAAAUAUCAGCGUACAAAUGAGGUUAUUUAAAAGCACACGGUUGUGGAGUCUUUACCUUGAUUUGGCAGAGAAUUGUGAAGACUUUGAUGAUAUCUGCAAAGUGUACGAGGACGCGAUGGAACUCAAAGUCAUCAACGGUGUGAUGAUCAUCAACUAUUGUUUAUUUCUCGAGGAGAACGGAUACAUUGAGAAGAGUUUCAGCAUCUUUGAACGAGGAAUGGGCAUGUUCAACGGCGAGUCGAAAUCGAUUCUUUACUGCAUCUAUUUGAACAAGAUACUUAAAUACUGGGAUAAGUUGCAAUGGGAUGUGGAACGUGUCCGAGAAAUCUUUGAAGAGGGACUUGGAUUUUUUAGUGAAGAACAGAACGGCAAGAGUUUGAAGCAGGUCUAUAUUCUCUACGCGGAGUGGGAGAUGAAGUACGGUUCAAAGAUAAGAAGCUUGAAGAUUUUGAAGGAAGGUAUUUCCCAGAUGAAGAGACAGGGUGACAAGCUAGUGAUGUACAAGAUCUUAAUAGUGAACACCAUCGAAUGCAAAGGGGUUGAGUGGGCUGUCGAAGUUUUUCAAGAGGCCACCGAGAAUCUUUCCGUCAGAAUCCCAGGCUACAUCAGCGACAUAAUCUGCGGGUUUGUUGAGGUGGAGGUUGCCUUGGGUAACAUUGGACGGGGUCGGGAGGUGCUACAAUAUGCUGCCGAAAACGUGAUGGAGUUCUGCAAGUCCCACGAGGACCGGAUCUCCAUUUGGGAGUUGUUCAAGGCCUUCGAGUUGGAAAAUGGAGAUGAGAACACCUACAAAGAAAUGCUCCGGAGGAAGCGGUAUCUGGAAAACGUCUUCGGGCCUACCGAGACGGCCCCUACCUCUGUAACUGACUCUGCAAAGCCGACUGAGGAGAGCGCCAAUGCACGGAUCCGGAAGGAAAUCCAGGAUCGAAUCGGCUUCGUGGCGUCCUCCGAGGGCCCGAAGAAAACGCAAAUCAUCAUAGAACAGUCUCCACAUACGUCUGGCGACAGUAGUGACACUGGUGAAGGCGGCAGAAGGAACAACGACGCCAUUGAUCUCGACAUGAACUUUUAG